GCAGCGCCGUCCCCUGGAGCUGAGCUUCGGGGACCGGCCCGGAGAAUGCAGCCUGCCAAUCGCCAGGUGCUUCCUUGGCCCCCAAGGCUGUCCGGAUGUGCGAGAGAAGUGCAGCUGCCCCGGCGGUGUGUUGUAUAAACACUGCAUGUGAAGAGUAGUGAAAGGGAGCAUUGAUUCCUGACGUGGCCUAGAGAAAGAAAUUACUGGUCAACAUCGCGUGGAUGGACUCUUCGUGUUUUCCAAAGAUGCUCCUGAAGUAGACUUUACUAUUGGUUUCCUCUACUCAGUUAAAGCUCUUUAUACCAUGGGCUGCAUGAAAUCAAAGCAGACUUUCCCAUUUCCUACCACAAUUGACACAGAGAAGCGACAUGCAAGUGAAGAAAGCUUUAUGCCAGAAGAGAGAUUUCUGCCUAGGAUACCUUUUCCAGUUAAUGUCAGAGAGGAAGUGAAGGAACCAUCAGUGCCCAAUAUUGUAGUUUUUGAAUAUGCACACCGCCUGUCCCAGGAAAUCUUGAAUGAUGCUCUGCAGCAGUGGGCAUGCAAUAACAAGUACUGUGAUAUCCCAUACAUUGAGAGUGAGGGGCCCUGAUGCUGUAGGAUAAUGACACUUGAACUGUGGAUAUAGUUGGUGCUAGUUUAAAUACAUGAAACAAAAACAAAAACUGAUGUGAAUAAGUACAAAUAACUCCAUCUGGAUGUAAGUCUAUGAUAACUUUACUAGUAUAGAAAUACCUAAGAAAUUUCUAAUGUGUUUUAAGCAGCUUUAUGUUAAUAGCAAUUUCUGUCUGCUUGGUCUCAGAUUUUAGUAAUUUAAAGGGCUGAAUGGAAGUUCUCUGACACCACAGUAAUCAGC